GCCUGUGCUUCAAAUUCAAAAGAUAAACUAAGUUCAACUUUGUUGAUAGGAUUACAAUCACAGAGUACUUCUAUACUACAAUUUGCGGUUGGAGAAAAUUACUAGCUAAUCUCUCAAAACCUCAAAAAGUUCUAUGAUAUCAUUUGGACUUUUAAUAUACAUUUGAGGCAUAAAACUGUCCACUAAUGGAUUUGGUAAAAUAGUGGCUAUAUAAGACUGUCAUAUUUCAAAGAAUUGAAUUGCAUUAGCUUGGAAAAAUUCAACUUUUCUAUAACUGCUUAUUUUUUUAUUCUAUAUGUAACCUUUUUACUUAACUAUAAUGGAGAAUAUCUUAGACGAUCCAGUUCAAUUAUCGAAAGGAAUCAAUUUACAUGACCUAUUAACAACAUCAACGGAGUUUGUCAUAGAUGUGGAUUUCAAAAAAACAGAUCUUACUAUUGAUCGGGAGUUCUUCGCCGAUUUAGAGGAAGACAGCGAUACAGAUGAUGUCCUGCAAUCUAUUGAGGAGUCAGCCUCGAAAAUGAUGCUAAGCUGUCCAGAGUAUCAUUCAUUCAGUGAUUUGUCCACAAAGAUGAUUGACUGUGUGUCAUCGGGGGAUGUGAAAAUGCUUAUUCUGGAGGAGGGUGACGGGCCAAUUAUACCAGUGGAUGCUGAGGUGACCAUCCAUUAUGCGGCAUACUGGGAGAAGGAUCGGAUACCCUUUGAUUCCACACUCACCAUGAACAAUGGAUCUCCCAUGCGGAUCAAACUGGGCAAGGGAGGAUGCAUUCCCGGCUUAGAAAUAGGUCUGACAAUGGUCAGGGGCCCCAAAGCUAGGUUCCUCUUGCUGAUACAGCCGGCGUUGGCUUGGGGCCACCAAGGAGUGUUGCCGAGAGUGAGGCCCGAAACGGCUCUGUUUAAUAUCGUUUUAUACUCUGUUAAUGACUUGCAAGCUCCUAUUCGAUUCAAUGACCUGCCGUCAGAAGAACAAAGUAAAUUUGAAGUUACCACCAGAACUGUGAACUCUUUACACGCUCAAGCCAAAGAUUUCUUCGCCAAACGGAAAUUCAACAAAUGCAUAAAAAACUAUCAACAGUCUAUGUCCGUUCUUAAUUUAUCCGUAGUCAAAAACGCCACGGAAGAAUUGGAGGUGAAACGAUUAAAAAUAAACACAUACGUCAAUUUGGCUGUGUGCUAUUACAAAAUAAAUAAACCGAAAUACGUGAUUAAUAUGUGUGAAAAUCUCGAUUACGUCACCGAUAUAAAUAAACAUUGUAAAGCGUUGUUUUACUACGGAAGAGCUUACGAAAUGUUAGGUAAAACGGAUGAAGCGCUGAAAUAUUACAAAUUAGCGUUAAAAUUGGAACCUAGAAAUCGUGAUAUCGGUAAAGCGCUAGCUGAUUUAGAUCGGUACAAUAAAAAAUCGGCAGCCGACGAAAAGGAAUUAUGGCAGAAUGCGCUUCGUUUAGUGCCCGAAAAGAAAAAAGUUGUCUAUGACGUUGACGUUGACUUUCAGAAUACAGUGCGUGACAUGUGUCAAGAUUUGGCGGCAAGUGACGAAUAUAUGAAAUUUGAACUGCCAAAUAGUUUUACGAGUAACGAGAUCAAUUGUAUCAAGGAUUUAUGUUCGGAAUUCGACGGUUUAAUUGUGCAAGAAGACGGUGAAGGUAAAAAGAAAAAGGUUUUUAUUAUAAGGAAAAAUGCGGCGUGAUAUCACGUUUUUUUACGCCAUGCGUAUUUGGUAAUUCUAUCACGUGAGACGUAUAAGUAGCGAAGAUGUGUGUCAUAAAUUCGUAUCCUACAUAUUGUUAGUUCAGGGUUGCCACUUGUCAAUAUUUUAAAUUGAUUAUUCUAUAACUAUAUAUGUGUUAAUGAUCAACUCCGUCCAUUUAUUUACAAGUCGGUUAACCUUAAUCAAACUGAUUUAUUAAUAUUCUUGAUCUUUCUUAAAAAAUAUCUCAUUUAUAAAACAUUUCAAUGCCAUAAAAUUGAAAAUUAAAUAUAAUUAAUAUUUGUUUGUGGAUGCAGAUGUGAAGGUAUGGUUUCUUUUUUUGAUAGGUUUAUUUUUUGUUACAUAGAAC